GUAACAAUGCUAGGGUAGAUCAUUCUCUAUAUUUCAUAUGCCUUUUUAUAUUCAUACUACCCUAAUCGGUUAUCUGAGCCAUUUGUCUUCGAUUUCCGCCCACCAAAACCACGCGAUACCCACAACGCCCCUGCAGAUUUCUCACCUAUGGAAAAGAUGGUCUCUCUACCAGCUGAAGUGAUCACACUCAUUGUUGCUCUUAUAAGAGAUGCAUUACCACCAAAAAAACCGCGUAGUCCAUUUGGGAACUGUGCAAAACCCUUAAAACUCGCCCAGUACGCUAUCGUUUCGCGGCAAUGGCAAGCAAUCGUGGAGCGCAUGAUUUGGCAACAAAUCACCAUCAACAAGAAAGGCUCGCUUCAACAGCUGAAGGGCUUCACAUCUAGUGAUUCUUAUCGACGUGCGAGAGCGGGUUAUAUUCGACAUAUUCUCUGGUCGCCUGAGAUCAAUAGGCGGGAUCUGCACACAAAGACUCAGGGGAGUGAUGACGUCCGUGUACAGCUUCUUCCAGAUUAUUAUUCUCAUCAAUGUCAAAGCUCUAUUCUUGAUCUGUUUGAACUACUAGAUGCAUGGAAAGAUAACCAGACCAAUAUGGAAUUGUCGCUUUGGUUGAGUGAUGACGAUUAUAUCGAUGUUGGUGACGAUGAAGAGAUCGAGCAGGAGGAAUGGGAGUCUCUGAACAUCGACCAGCUGUGGAGAAAGGGUAAAGUCCCUAAUUCCCUGCAUCUGACUGCAGAUGGUAUUCAGAAUGUGCCCAUUUUGCCGUAUAUUACAUGCUUUAGAUUACACGAAGUUAGAGACAGCAAUGUUCGACCAUCAGCUUUCUUUCGCUUUCUCAGUCGUUUCCCCCAUGUUCAACAUGUUUCUAGCGGAGAGGGUCGAUUUGUCCCACGAGGAGCUCUACAGGCUUUGGCUGAUCAGCGACAAGAGGUUGUCGAGCAUCUACCAUUGGUUCCUGAAUCAGUAGAAACAUUCACAUAUUCAAUACCAGGCCAACGUGAAUUAUCAAUGAAUCCCGCUCGCAAUGCAGCCAAUUAUCUUUCUCCACAAGGAUUAGACGACUUUUCUAUUGCCUUUCGAACUCUUAGCACGAGACUCCGGGAACUGUAUCUUGAGGACGUCCGAAUCAGCAGUGCAUUAUUCUGGCCAGUAGCAGAAGAGAAGGUCGACACAAAGUUUCUAUAUUGGCCAAACUUGGAGAUCCUUAAGGUUCUCGAGGCCCCUCCGUAUACAGCUGAUGACUGGGAAGGAGAUUUGGUAGAGGAUUCUCUUGAACCAUGGCAAUACAAUAGUGGAUACUAUGCUCAACGAGGACUCAUAAACAACUAUGAAGUCGACCAGCUCUAUGAGUCAAUGGGCCUCGCUGUGCAGAGAAUGCCACGCUUGCGAAAAUUGAAAUUCUCAUUCCGAGGAGAGAUUGGAGAGAGGGGAAGUCAUGAAUACUUGAAGUUCGAGAGAGAUUUGACGACAGGCAAGGCUACGUUGAAAAUCAGCACUGAGUGGAUUAUAUCUGCUUGGGGAUUAAAGGAUGAGAAGGCGAAUGAGUUUCGGGAAACUUGGUCUGUUUCGCUCGACCAAUGGACUUAA